AUGGACUGCGAUUGCCUCUGUAUCGGCCCUACUGGUUCUGGUAAGACACUUCUGUUGAGGAAUCUGGUCUGCCCUGCUUCUGUAGACUUCACGACCAGCUCUGCCCCGACGAUGGGGACUUCGAUGAAGACAAUUAAAUUGAAAGAACAGAAGUCCGUGACCAUCUGCGAACUCGGUGGUAAUGUCGCGCCUCUGUGGCACAACUACUACAGUGGCAUCAAUAAGAUAAUGUUUGUGGUGGAUGCUAGCAACCUCUGUCAGAUAUCAGCCGCUGGAGUUCUGCUUUAUUCUGUCCUGGCCGAGCCGGCUUUGAGAAGUGCCAAGAUACUUUUGGUUCUUUCGAAGAUGGAUGCCUCUUACAGGCAGAUGCGAAAUGAGGCCUUGCUGAUGUUGCAGAUCAAAAGGCUUCAAGUUGAAGUUCCUCAAGAGAUUACAAUUAUUCAAGCUAGUUCGUAUUCGUCGGAAGGUUUAGACGAAAUCAAAAAAUGGCUAGAAUCAUAAGUAAUUUGUUACCUGGCUUCAUUACAUCUUUAACUUCAGACACAGUCCGGUAUCUUGGCUUUAUCUUAGACCGAAGACUAACGUGGAACCCACAUACUAGACUUAAAAGACAAGAACUUAACCGACGAUACGGCCAU